AUGGCCUCAGAGAAAGCCACGGUUUUAGUAACAGGUGAGGCACAUGUUAUGAUUUGCUACCAGAUCGGUCGUUUUUCCCACGUAAAAAUUGCUUCGCAAAGGUAUAUGUACUAGAAUUCUGUAUGAAGCCUUGCUUGAUUAUGCAUACAGAUAUUUAAUAAAAGCAAAUGAAAACUGAAGAGGACUUGGACUGGGACAAAUACUUUGUUUUAGAAUAGUGUGGGGUUAUGCAGAAACCUUUCCGGGCUAUUUGUUUUUACCAGGUUACGAUUACUCGUAUGACAUUAAUAUCGUUAUGAUUUUGAAAAAAAUUGGUGGUGACCUAUGGAUUUUAAUUGAUAAUCGCUGGCCGACACGGAAUAGAAGGGUUAUGUAAAUAUGCAGGUUCAGGAUAUUGCGUGCGAAAACAACAUAAUUUUGCUGAUGUUUAAGAUAGAUCCAUUUAAAAAAAAUUGAAUUUAGUUACAAGAGCUUUGGCUUAUUGAGGGAAAAUUUUUAAUAUAUGGUGUCUACCCAGAAUCUCUCCAAAAUUAGGGCCUCAUGUCAGUAAACAGUUGUGGCAAUUUUUUUUAAACUAAUAAGGGUCACUAUCAUUUUGUGUUUCUAUUAUCUGGCAGGGUUUGGUCCAUUUGGUUUGCAUCAAGUUAAUACCAGUUGGGAGGCUGUCAAGGUACACCAUGAUUCUUUUAAAUGCUCCUUUUACCAUACUGUUUAUUAUUCCUAUACUUACAUGUAGUUUAUGUGAUUUUGGCCAUAUUCAGACUGUGACAGUAGAGAUCUCCAUGUUCAGUAAAUCUGUUUUAACAUCUUAGGAAUUACCAAACACUGAUCUUGCAGAAGAAGUCAAUUUGGUGAUAAAGGAGAUUCCUGUGGAGUACUGUGCAGUGGAUGAACAGGUUCCUCAGUUAUGGAAUGAAGUAAAACCCAAGGUAACUUCAGAGAUCUUUAUCAUCAUUAGAAGAUACUUCUUCUCAGCACGCAGAGGGUUGACCUCAAAUAUGGUGAGGAUUUUAGAUAAUUUGAUGAAUAAGAGGAUGUAGAAUAGGACAGUGCAACAACUCUGCUUCAGGAAAGCAGUUAUGACGGUAAUGAUGAUGAUGAUGAUGAUGAUGACUACCAUAAAGACCACUGUUAUUACAGUGAAGAUAUAUAUUAUCAUAUUUUCUUUAUAAAGAGAUAUCGCAUGCCCCUGGGGAUCCCAACCUUAUUUACACCAUUGUAGCAUUGAUGUCAAAACUGGGUAACUUAAAGCACUGAUUUUCCUCCCUUUAUCAGCUCUGCGUACAUGUGGGUGUCCAUGGUCUUGCAGACAGCAUUCAACUGGAGAUGUGUGGUCAUAACUAUGGCUACAACAGACCUGAUGAGACUGGCAAAAAAUGUGAAAAAGGCUGUUGUGUUGAUGGUGAGUAGUUCUUCCUCUUUAAGUUGACUGCAGACAAAAAGGGGUGACAGCUGUUCUCACCAAGAGCCUGACUUUUCAGUAUGUUCCUAUGACAGUACCCCCCCCCCCCCCCCUCCACUGCCUUCAUUCUUGGGAUCACCCCUAGAAUCAGGCUUCCCUGUCCUGUCCUGCUUCCCUGGUGAGUCAGCAAAUAGCUAUGGAGGCCUUAAAAAUUUUGCUUUGUGUCUGCAUAGAUUGUAGAUGUUUCAGUUGUGAUACCUCAUGAUACUAAAAUAAUGUGAUUUGUUCAGGAGGAGAGGAGUGCCUGUUUACUUCUCUUGAUUUGGACAGACUGUGCUCUGAAGUGAUGACAGCUAAAAGCCCAUGUCUUGUAGGAACUUCUGAUGAUGCAGGAAGGUUAAUAUUUGUUCUUUUGUUUGGUUUUUGCAGAAACAUAAACAGCAUUGGAAAAUGAUUGGUCAGAUCUGUAGUGUUGAUUUAUUAAUCAUGUGUAUUUUUGCUUUCCAUUCUCAGGUUCUUGUGUGAUUAUUCUUACUACAAAUCUCUUCAUCUUGGACAUGGCAGGGGUACUGUGGCAUUUGUUCAUGUACCACGUGCAGACUCACCCUAUAGCCUUGAGGAUCUAGUAAUCUCACUAAGACUUAUUAUCUUCGCUAUGCUAAAGCAAAUCAGCUAGUGGAACUAGUCUUUCAAGCCUGUUGAGGGGGGAAGGAUUGCUCAAAAUAGUUGUUUGGACAUCUUGAACAAUACCAUUGUAUUUUUCUAUUCUUUAAUUAUAAAACAAUCUUGCAGAAAAACAGAAUUGAGAACAGAUAUACAAAGCUGAUAUCACUUAAUUAUAAUACUAUUAAAUUGUCUGCAAUGGAGUACUGCCGUUGCUGCUACAAUUUUGCUAUUUUGCAUGACAAGCUAAGGAAAAGAAUGAACACUACAGUUGUCCAGCAUAACAGUAGUUGGCCAUAUUAUUUAUUAUACUUUUGUGCCAUGAUCUUAAUUCGAAUUAGGCAGCCACAAGCACACAGCUUAUAGCUACCAUAUCUGCAGCAAGACCUCUCGUACUUGUACACAGG